AUGUAUCCUCAGUCAUUCAUUUUAUCUCUCUAUCCGUUCUUUAUCUAUCUAUCUAUCUAUCUAUCUAUCUCUCUAUCUAAUAUUCAUCAUCUCUCUUUCCUUCUUUGUUUCUCUCUCUCUCUCUCUCUUUUCCUCAGUCUCUUUAUCCUCAGUCAGUCCAUGUUUAUCUGUCUAUCUAUCUAUCUAUCUAUCUUCUAUCUAUCUAUCUAUCAGACAUCUGUUUGUCUCUCCCUCUCUCUCUCUCUCUGCCAGUUGACAUCUCUGUAUCCUCAGUCAGUCCAUGUUUAUCUAUCUAUCUAUCUAUCUAUCUAUCUAUCUCUCUAUCAGACAUUCAUUUGUCUCUCUCCCCCUCUCUCUCUCUUUGCCGAGUCUCUCUAUCCUCAGUCUCUGUUCUAUCUAUCUAUCUAUCUAUCUUCUAUUUCUAUCUAUCUAUCCGACAUUCAUUUGUCUCUCUCCUCUCUCUCUCUCUCUCUCUAUCCAAUAUUCAUUUGUCUCUCUAUCAGUUCUUUAUUUAUCUAUCUAUCUAUCUAUCUAUCUAUCUAUCUAUCUAUCUAUCUAUCUCAUUCAUUUGUCUCUCUAUCAGACUCUCUCUCUCUCUCUCUCUAUCCAAUAUUCAUUUGUCUCUCUAUCCUUCAUGUUUAUUCUCUUCUAUCUAUCUAUCUAUCUAUCUAUCUAUCUAUUCAUUAUCUAUCUAUCAGACAUUCAUUUGUCUCUCUCCUCUCUCUCUCUCUCUCUCUAGACAUGUGUCUCUCUCAGUCAUCCAUGUUAUCUAUCAUUCUAUCUCUCUAUCUAUCCAUUCAUUUGUUCUUUAUCUCUCUCUGCCUAUCUAUGUAUCUGUCUCUCUCUAUCUAUCUAUCUCUCUAUCUAUCUAUUUCAUUUGUCUCUCUCCCCUCUCUCUCUCUCUCUGCCAGUCUCUCUGUAUCCUCAGUCCAGUCUCUAUCUGUCUAUCUAUCUAUCUAUCUCUAUCUCAUUUGUCUCUCUAUCAGACAUUUAUUUGUCUCUCUCCCUCUCUCUCUCUCUCUUCCUCAUCUCUAUCCUCAGUCAUUUGUCUCUCUAUCUAUCUUUCUAUCUAUCUCUAUCUAUCUAUCUAUAACAGACAUUCAUUUGUCUGUCUCUCUCUCUCUCUCUCUGCCUCUAUUCAUUUUAUCUCUCUAUCCGUUCUUUAUCUAUCUAUCUAUCUAUCUAUCUAUCUAUCUCUCUCUCUAUCAGACAUUCAUUUACAUUCAUUUGUCUCUCUAUCUCUCUCUCCUAUUCAUUUGUCUCUCUAUCCGUUCUUUAUUUAUCUCUAUCUAUCUAUCUAUCUCUAUCUAUCUAUCUAUAACAGACAUUCAUUUGUCUCUCUCCGUCUCUCUCUCUCUCUGCCAGUCUCUUCUGUGUAUCCUCAGUUCAUUUGUCUCUAUCUAUCUUUCUAUCUAUCUAUCUAUCUAUCUAUCUAUAACAGACAUUCAUUUGUCUCUCUCCCUCUCUCUCUCUUCUUUAUUUGUCUCUCUCUCAUCUAUCAGUCAUGUAUCUAUCUAUCUAUCUAUCUCUCUAUCUAUCUAUAACAUUCAUUUGUCUCUCUCUCUCUCUCUUUAUUUGACUCUGUAUCCUCAGUCAGUCCAUGUUUAUCUAUCUAUAUCAAUAUCUAUCUAUCUAUCUAUCUAUCUAUAUUUGUCUCUCAUUCAUUUGUCUCUCUCUCUCUCUCUCUCUAUUCAUUGUCUCUCAGUCCGUUCUUUAUUUGUCUCUCUAUCUAUCUAUCUAUCUAUCUAUCUUUGUCUAUCUAUCCAGACAUUCAUUUGUCUCUCUCUCUCUCUCUCUCUCUCUGCCAAGUAUUCAUUUGUCUCCUCAGUCAGUCCAUGUUUAUCUAUCUUCUGUCUAUCUAUCUAUCUAUCUAUAUUCAUUUGUCUCUCUCCGUCUCUUUAUUUGUCUCUCUAUCUCUCUCUCUCUGCCUCUCUACGUAAUGUAUCCUCAGUCUCUCUAUCAUGUUUAUUUAUCUAUCUAUCUAUCUAUCUAUCUAUCUAUCUAUCUAUAACAGACAUUCAUUUGUCUCUCUCUCUCUCUCUCUUUAACUCUCUGUAUCCUUCAGUCAGUCCAUGUUUAUCUAUCUAUCUCUAUCUAUCUAUCUAUCUAUCUAUCUAUCUAUCUAUAACAGACAUUCAUUUGUCUCUCUCCUCUCUCUCUCUCUCUCUUUGUAUUUGUCUCUCAGUAUCAGUUUCUCUUCUAUCUAUCUAUCUAUCUAUCUCAUUUCUAUCUCUCUAUCCGUUCAUUUGUCUCUCUCCCUCUCUCUCUCUCUCUCUCAUGAACGUCUGUGUCCUCUCAUCCAAUAUUCAUUUGUCUCUCUAUCUAUCUAUUUAUUUGUCUCUCUAUCUCUCUCUCUAUCUCUCUCUAUCCAGACAUUCAUUUGUCUCUCUCUCCUCUCUUUGUCUCUCUAUCUGCCUCUUCUGUCUCUCUCUAUCCAAUAUUCAUUUGUCUCUCUAUCCGUUCUUUAUUUGUUUCUCUCAGGCUCUAUCUCUCUAUCCAAUAUUCAUCUAUCUAUCUAUCUAUCCGUUCAUUCAUUUGUCUCUCUCCUCUCUUCUCUCUCUCUAUCCAAUAUUCCUCCAGUCUCUCUAUCCGUUCUUUAUUUAUCUCUCUAUCUAUCUCUCCAUCUGUCUCUCUAUCCAACAUUCAUUUGUCUCUCUAUCUCUCUCUCUCUUUAUUUGUCUCUCUAUCAGUCCUCUUAUUUUAUCUAUCUAUCUUCAUUCUAUCUCUCUAUCCAGACAUUCAUUUGUCUCUCUAUCUCUCUCUCUCUGCCUAGUUGUCUAUCCUCAGUCAUUCAUUUAUCUCUAUCUAUCUAUUCUUCUAUCUGUCUAUCUAUCUAUCUAUCUCUCUAUCAGACAUUCAUUUGUCUCUCUCCUCUCUUCUUUAUUUGUCUCUAUCCUCCAGUCUCUCUUGUUUCUAUCUCUCUAUCUAUCUAUCUAUUUCAUUUGUCUCUCUAUCCGUUCUUUCAUUUGUCUCUCUCUCUCUCUCUCUCUCUCUCUAUCAAUAUUCAUUUGUCUCUCUAUCCGUUCUUUAUUUAUCUCUCUAUCUAUCUAUCUAUCUGGCUCUCUUCUGUCUCUCUAUCUAUCUAUUCUAUUUCUAUCUCUCUAUCUAUUCUUUAUUUGUUUCUCUCUCCCUCUCUCUUCUGUCUCUCUAUCCUCAUUCAUUUGUCUCUCUAUCUAUCUUCUUUCUAUUUAUCUAUCUAUCUAUCUCUCUUCUAUCUCUCUCUAUCAGACAUUCAUUUGUCUCUCUCUCUCUUCUCUCUCUGCCUCUCUAUCGGACUCUCUUGUUUAUCUCUCUAUCUAUCUAUCUCAUCUAUCUAUCUCUAUCUAUAACAGACAUUCAUUUGUCUCUCUAUCGGACUCUCUCUUCUGUCUCUCUAUCAUGAUAUUCAUUCUGUCUCUCUAUCCGUUCUCUAUCUAUCUGUCUAUCUAUCUAUCUCUUCUAUCUCUCUCUCUCUAUCAAUAUUCAUUUGUCUCUCUAUCUAUCCUCUUCUUCUCUAUCCGUGUCUCUCUAUCUGACUCUGUUUUCUCUCUCUAUCAAUAUUCAUUUGUCUCUCUAUCCGUUCUUUAUUUGUCUCUCUAUCUGCAGGCUCUCUUCUACUUCUUUGUCUUCUCUCUCUCUCUCCAAUAUUCAUUUGUCUCUCUCAUCCGUUCUUUAUUUAUCUCUCUAUCUAUCUAUAACUCUGUUUUGUCUCUCUCUCUCUCUAUUCAUUUGUCUCUCUAUCCGUUCUUUAUUUAUCUCUCUAUCUAUCUAUCUGAUCUAUCUCUGUUUUCCCCUCUCUCUCUCUCUCCAAUAUUCAUUUGUCUCUCUAUCGUUCUUUAUUUGUCUCUCUAUCCGGCUCUCUUCUAUCUCUCUAUCUAUCUUCAUUUUGUCUCUCUAUCCGUUCUUUAUUUGUCUCUCUAUCUGACUCUGUUUUGUCUCUCUAUCAAUAUUCAUUUGCUCUCUUCUUUGUCUCUCUAUUCAAUAUUCAUUUGUCUCUCUAUCCGUUCUUUAUUUGUCUCUCUAUCGGACUCUGUUUUGUCUCUCUAUCCAAUAUUCAUUUGUCUCUCUCCUCCGUUCUUUAUUUGUCUCUCUAUCGGACUCUGUUUUGUCUCUCUAUCUAAUAUUCAUUUGUCUCUCUAUCCGUUCUUUAUUUGUCUCUCUAUCUCUCUCUCUUCUGUCUCUCUAUCAAUAUUCAUUUGUCUCUCUAUCUAUUCUUUAUUUGUCUCUCUAUCAGGCUCUCUUGAACUGUCUCUCUAUCCAAUAUUCAUUUGUCUCUCUAUCCGUUCUUUAUUUGUCUCUCUAUCUGACUCUGUUUGUCUCUCUAUCAAUAUUCAUUUGUCUCUCUAUCCGUUCUUUCUAUUUGUCUCUCUAUCGGACUCUCUUCUGUCUCUCUAUCCAAUAUUCAUUUGUCUCUCUAUCCGUUCUUUUAUUUGUCUCUCUAUCUGA